CCUCGCCCGCCAGCCGCCAGUGUCGCUCGACCAGGGCAGGGAUGUGGUCGGCCCGCACGAGCAGCACGAGCGACAGCAGACGUUAGGCCCCAGGCCAGCAGCUGCAGGCGGUGCUGCGGGACCCCGACGACCGAGGGAGGACAUGGCGCACUAGGCCUGCGCCCACCCGCACCGCGCCGUCGACACCGCCCCCCGCCCCAGACGCCGAGGUCGCCAGCCGCCACGAUGGGCGACAACUCGUCACCAGACAAGAACUUCAAGAAGAAACUCAUCGACAAUGUCAAGAAAGAGGUCAAGCAGAUUAUGGAGGAGGCCGUCACCAAGAAGUUCGUACACGAGGACAGCAGCUCCGUCACUUCCCUCUGCGCUGCCGUGGAGGCGUGCCUGAGCCAGGGGCUCCGCCGCAGGGCCCUGGGCCUCUUCAAGACGUCCUCCACCACGGCGCUGCUGCACAAGGUGGCCAAGAACUUCGCCCCUGCCGAGGUCGUGUCCAGGCGGGUCCAGGAGAUUGAAAACGCGGACCCCACACGACCAGCUCGCCAACCUCGGAGGCAUUUUGCGAUCGCUACACCCGGACAGCUGAGGCGCUCCAGCUCCAGCGGCGACUCCACCAGCCGGCCCGCCAAGCCGCCGCUCCAGAAGAAGAACUCGUCGGGCGCCGUGCUCGCCUCGCCCCGCUACCUGUGGAUCCGACUCGCCCUCUUCGAGAAGCACCUCGCCAAGAUAAUCGACCACCUGGUGCAGAACAGCAACAAGUACUACGAAAAAGACUCGCUCGUCGCGGACCCCGACUAUGGCUCCAUCCUCAGCUCUCUACUUGUUGGGCCGUGCGCGCUGGACUUUUCCCGCACCAAGACGCAAGACCACUACUGGACGGACCCUCCAGCCGACGAGCUGGUCCAGCGACACCGCAUCUCGAGUGGCCACAACACCCCUCCUGCGGGCAGGAGGCCCGCACUCAACUUCCGGCGCUCGCUGCACGGCGUAAGCUCGGAGGAGGGGAUGCGACAGGCCCCCAAGGACUACGUGGAGUCGUUGCACCAGAACAACCGGGCGACGCUGCUCUACGGGAAGAACAACGUGCUCGUGAUGCCACAAAAGGACCUUGCGCAGGCUAUGCCGGGUUACCUGUCGCUGCACCAAACGUACAACUCGCUCACCAUCAAGUGGACGCCCAACCAACUCAUGAACGGCUACGCCGAGGCGGAGGACAAGGAUAAGAGCAUCUACUGGGACUACGCCAUGAACGUGAAGGUGGACGAGAUCGUGUACGUGCACUGCCACCAGCAGGCAGGGGACAACGGCGGCACGGUGGUGCUGGUCGGCCAGGACGGCGUGCAGCGUCCCCCCAUUCACUUCCCCAAAGGCGGCCACCUGCUGGCCUUUCUGUCGUGCCUGGAGACUGGCCUCCUCCCGAGGGGGCAGCUGGACCCGCCCCUGUGGUCGCAGCGGGGCAAAGCCUCCGUCGCAGAGUUGCGGGAGGAACAGGAGGAGCAAGAGGGCAAAGUGUUCCCCAAGCUGCGACGCCGUGGCCGCAACACGCCCACCACUCGCCUGGCCGAGGACGCGGACGAGUCCACGGAUUACGUGUUCCGCAUCGUGAGCAAGAGCAGCCACGAGGACUUCCUGGCGGGCCAGGACCUGCUCGAGCCCCGGUCGUGGACAGACGCCGUGGGGCAGGCGCUGGGCCAGGGCGCCUCCCAGGCUCGCGGCCGCAUGCGUGCCGCCCUGGCCUCCACCUCGACGGCCUCCUCCACGUCGUCGUCUAAGUCGCUGUCCCUGGAGCCCAGCAUCAGCCUGUCGGCCGGGUCAGCGGGCUCCCAGGCCAGUCAGGAUCCUCCGCACACCCCUAAACUCACGACAGG